AGGGAAUUUUCAGAUGUUUUUCAACUUUCUCAUAUUUUCUGUCAUUGCUGGGUUAUCCAAUGCAGCCUGUUUGGAUAGUAACGACCAGGAAAUCCAAGGAUUCUGUUUUAAAUUCGUGGCUCAACAGAUGACAUACAGUGAUGCUCGUAAUUGGUGUCGCUACAAAAAUCCAGCAGGUUCUUCCUAUUUGGCAUAUGUUCCAAAUAAAGAUACAAGCAAUUACUUGGCAUUUUACGCUCGUUCCGCUUUUGGCACUUCUGCUGAAUACUUCUGGAUUGGUCUCAGUAGAAAUGAAUCUUCUGGCUCUUUAUCUUGGGAUAACGGACUUCCUGUUGUCUAUACCAACCUUGGAAGCUACCUCGGCCAAAACUAUUUUUCAGAGAAAAUAUCGAAUACAAAAUGGGACACACUGGGGGAUAAUAGUACGAAUUAUUUUGUGUGCAGCUACGCUUCAACUUCUGAUCAAGCGACAAGUACAGAACCACCAACUAACAACUGCCAACCUGGUGGUCAGCAAACAAUUCUUUUCGCCUAUUCAAACGACUUGGACCCAAGUGUUGUUACGGAUACACUGAUCAAUUCCUAUCUUUCUUCCCAACCGGUCACUUUUGCUGUUUCAAGAUUUGACUUGAGGCAGCCAGAGGAUAUCGGAUACUUCAAUACUUAUAAUGAAGCCGCUUCUUACGUCUCCACUCAUCGACCCGACUCAACGAAGAGAUUAGGUGACAACUCAACGGGAAGUGAUGUGCUGGAUGUAAUCAAUAAGUUCUACAAUAACACUCAACUAUCCCCGUGUGAAUCAGUUGUCAUGGUUUUAUCGAAACGUUACCCUAACACCACAGAUAUUUCAAACAUCGUCUCAAAAGUCCGCAAGUACCAUGGAAUCGUCAACUUCCUUGCUUCAAAUACUCCAUCAGGUGGCACACAGACUCGAGUGCUCUUUGAUCUUGCCUCAAAAACAAAUGGAAUCUACUCGAUCGAAAGUGAUUCAAACUUUUCGCAUUUUAUUGAAUGGAUGCCACUACGCGAGAGGUAUCCGAUUUAUGCCGUCAAUGCAAGAGUGUUAGGACAAGGAUCUCAGGCGCUUCCUUCAAUGUCUGUUCCAGUCUAUGCUGAGUAUUUAUUGAUGAUAGCACUUCAGAACCAUAUGCCCGUGAGCAAUGUUCAAUCUGUGUCUCUUUCCUGGUAUAAUCAAUUUUCUGUCGACUCGAGCAGUUUUGAUAUGCAACCUUUGGGUUGGGCAUAUGUCGAUAGUAAUUCCGAUGGUACCCGUGAACACCUAGGCACAGUUGUCUAUAAUAUGACUAUCGAUUAUGUCUACAACGACAUUGACGUCGAAACUAUGCAAGUCAGAUUCUACAGCCCAUACGCGACGGAUUUUUGGCAACCGUAUUCUGAUUAACGACAAAACGAGGAAACUGGCGUUAAUUGUUCUACUUUUAAUGAAAAUUAAUUUGAAUUUUUAUAAAUUUUAAGCUGUCAA